CUUCCCUCUCCAACAUCAAACGCGAGGGAUGCGCUUCAUCGCCUUAGGGGACUGGAUGGAUGGAGCGACAGGGUCAUGAAGGUGACCACAACCUCUGGGUUGGAUUUAGGGGGCUGUUACCGCAGAAGGAGCCUAUCCAUAAUUAAUAAGAGCGAGUCGGAGAUCCUAGAACCGAAGCGCAACCACCGGCGAGUCAUGUCACAAACUGACAGCGCUUCCAGAGGAGCUGACGAGGAAGACAAAGGAGGAUGAAGGAGGCAGAGGAGGAUUAUAAUGAAGCUGAGUGGCAAAGGACUGUGCACCAUCGUCUCCAGCAGUCUGCUCUUCGUGUGUGCCGUGAGCGCUGUGGUCGUGGGAUUCAGAUGCAUCGCGUUGGGCUCCAGGGUGCGAGCGCACUUCCAUCUGGCCACCACGGCCGGUGCGUUCUACUCGGGCAUCCUGGUGACUCUCGGGCAGGUCCUGAUGGGGGUGGCGCUGGUAUUUUGCCGGGGCAACCCCAGGUGUGCGAAUUUCUUCCUCUUUGGGAUCUUAGUGUUUCUUUUGGGGGUCCUGACGGCGUUCUCGGGCGCGGUGGUGGAUGGCGACACGGUGUCCCUGGUGGAGAGGAAGUACGCGCACUAUUGCCUGGACUCUGUGGAUGUAAACCCGGCGUGCGCCCGGCUCAAGGUGUACCAGCGGGGCUUGGUGGUCUCCGCUAUCCUUAACACUCUGGAGUGCCUCCUGGGACUGAUGAACCUGGUGAUCAUUAAGCGUUACCAAACGGCGCAGUUUCACCGGAGACGCCGGACGCAGAGGCGGAGCGUGCGGAUCGUCCUGAACGAGGAACGAGACUUCGCGGUCACGGAGUUCCAGCCGGUAUCCUACAUUAACCUGGGGGUGGUUCACGCGUUGGACGAGGCGGACGGGGAGGUGCAGAGCCGGGGCCACCCGUCCAUGGUGCUGCCGGGCUAUUCGCCCACAAAUCCGGAGCUUAAUCACACGUUCCCGUUUUCUUACCCGCUUCACAGCGAGUUGCCACCUGCCUACGAGGACAUAUUCCCUGGAGAAGCGAGCAGCAAAUAGC